CACGUUCCUCCCGGCCCAUAGAGGGCGCUCUCUCGGUGUUUCAGGGCGCGCGGGGCCGAGGAGGCCGUCAUGUCCCGCCGGGGCCCCGUUCAGGCCUCGAGCACCCCCAGGCGCAGGGUGGCCAUGGCACCACGAGCCGCAGCGGGGCUCACCGACGCCCAACAACUGCGGGAGCUGCAGAGCCGGACGGAGCGGGCGGAACGGAGGCUGUUGGCGUGCGAGAACCUGGUCGGGGAGUUGGGCACCAAGCUGAGCGCCAUGGGCAGCCUCCUGCAGGACUACGGGCACCUCCAGAAGCGCCUGGACAACGUGGAGAACCUCCUGAAGAACAGGAACUUCUGGAUCCUCCGGCUGCCCCCCAGCACCCGAGGCGAAAUCCCUAAGGUCCCCAUCACGUUCGAUGACAUUUCCGUGUACUUCAACGAGCAGGAAUGGGACAGAAUGGAGCGCUGGCAGAAGGAUCUGUACAGGGCUGUGAUAAGGGGCAACUAUGAGAUGCUGAUCUCCCUGGACUACGCUGUGGCCAAACCUGAUGUCCUCUCCCAGAUGGAAAGGGAUGAAGAGUUUUAUGUCCAAGACCAUCAGGAGCCCCUGCAGACGCGCAUCGGAGAUGAGAUGAGUUCCCUGCAGACGCGCAGCGGAGACGAGACGGGUUCCCUGCAGACACAGAUCGGAGACGGUCAGGAAUCUCCCCAAACACGCUUCCAAGACAGCCAGGAAACCCCACAGGCACCGGAAGAGAUGGAAGAGGCUUUGGGAGAAAAAGAAUUCCCCGAGGAAGCUGACACGGACCGCGCUGCGGCUAACCCUGACAUCCUGUCCCGAAUGGAGAGGGAUAAAGAGCUUGAUGUCCGAGACGGUCUGGAUCCUCCGCAGACGCACAUCGGAGACGAGCAGGAACCUUCGCAGAGGAGCAUCCCAAGCACUCGGGCACCUCCGCAGACAGACAUCCCAAGCGGUGCAGAGCCUCUGCAGGCACCAGAAAAGAUGGGCCAGAGGGAAGAGGCUCUGCGAGGGGAUAAAGUCUCCCCGAGAGCCAACACAGAAGUCCCCAUCCUGGUGAUGAAUGUCGUGUCCCUGAGUCCAGAGAAUGAGAAGCGGCGCAGGAAGGAUCAGUCUGAAAGAGAGAUGGAAGAGAACCUGUCUGAGUCCGACACUGAGGAAGCCUUUUUACCGGGAAAUGAAACGGCGCAGGAAGGAGCUUCUCCUGCUGCAAACAUCAAAGUGAAGGAAGAGGAACCGGAGGCGUUGGAAGAGCUUUCUUCACCCUCUCCCAGCCUGGAGAUGCAGAAGUGCCCCAAAAGUGAGCCAGGCAAAGCCAAGAGCAAGAAGAAACCGAGCAGAUGUGAAAGCAGCAGUUUAUUGAUGGGCAACUGCCGGCGCGGCUACGUGCGCGAGUGGUCGCACCCUUGCACCGAGUGCGGGAAGCGUUUCCGCCUGAAAAUCAACCUCAUCAUCCACCAGCGAAGCCACGCCAAAGAAGGACCUUAUGAGUGCUCCACCUGCGAGAUCAGCUUCGCGGACAAACGCCACUUGGACCUUCACCAAAGCAUCCAUAUAAAAGACAGAGCUUUUGGGGCCAAGGUUUGGGGGAACGUCCACCCGGACCUGAGGAUCCGCCCGAGGAGAAAGCUCUGCGGGGCUUCCUAUGGCGGCGCCCACAGCCUGGGCAACGGGACGUGUGCCGGAGGGUCCUGGUUGGGCCAACCCAAGGAGGAGCCGGACAGAGGGAGCCUUCCCAGCGCGUGUCCCCCUCGCCAGCCGAGUCCUAAGCCACGUAAGAGGCCGAGGCAGAAAUGCAAUCUUUGCCAAAAGAUCCUCUCUUGCGCUUUUUCCCUUCAGCGGCACCUGCAGACCCACUCGCGGGACAGACGGUAUUGUUGCGCCGCCUGCAAGAAAUGCUUCACCCGCAGAACUCACCUCUUGCGCCACGAGAAGAUCCACGAGCGUCAGAAAGCCCUGGCUGAGCUCCAACGGCCCGUGGCAGCCACCACGCCAACGCCGCAAGGAGCACCGGCGACGCCGGCGGGCAGGAGCGUUCCUCGCUCACCAGCAUCGGAGAGAAACGUUAGCCCUGCGGCCACCGCGCCCAAAGCAGGUCCUGCAAAUGCGCUCCCGGUUAGUCCUGCAGGGCUCAGAUUAUCCGUCAGGAACUGCCACAUCCACAGUUCCGGUGGGAGAGCCAUCCAGCCUGUGGUUAUACUCGGAAACAGGGCAGCGGUUUCAUGGCUGACGGAGAAAUGAUGGCAGGAGGGAUCAGAGCUGCUUGCGUCACUGGAGAGGAACUGCGAGCGUUGAUUUUGCACGUAGUGGGACACAGGGGUUGUGACCCAUCUGGAUUUUAGGAGCUUUCCUGAACGUAGAAGGAAUCCAAAGCUUUGGAUAUCACCUUAAAGAGCAAACUAGAGAAGCCUCUAUGAUCCAAAAUGCUUUUCCAUUCCUCGGAUUCUUGUAUCACCUGGCUCAUGCACAACGUUCUCCCAAGCUGACCUUGCCAGGAGAUGACUUCUCCUGGAGAAGACCAGCAAGAGGAACUGCAAACCGCAGCUGAGCUCACUCGUUCUUUGACGCUGGAGCUGAGCCCUCCCGUGUGGAAAUUCAGUUGCAUUGGUGGACAGAGAGAAGGGAAUCAAACCCGAUGAGCUUCUCACACAGCACUUCUUCACUGACCAAGUUUCCUGACCAAGACACUGGAUGAAGAGAGCGUGACAUCACCGAGAGCCCACUGCAUCCUGGCCAUGCUCGUUUGAUAACCCACCCUGGUGAGGAGAUCUGCUGACCCCCUCCAUCAGGCUGGAACCACCCAAGGAUGCCCUGGAAGAUGACGUAGAACGAAGCAAUCCAUGAUAAUUUCUCCUUGCGAGCGUGCUGGAAGUGUUUCCGAGCUCGCGGCCGCAUUAGUGGGGUGUCCCUACCCACGGCAGGGGUGUUGGAACUGGAUGAUCUUUAAGGUCCCUUCCAACCCAAACUAUUGAUUCUAUGAUUCUACUCCUUCCUCCAGCGAGGUCGGCCCAUGGCAACCAGGAACGCUCACCAGAGUGAAUUCCCUCAGGACCAGCCUGAACAGAUGGACAAUUGCUUUAGAAGAUAAGAUGAUGCUUGUGCUGCUGCAGCAGCUCAGGAUCCUGCCUUGAGGCUCCGGAGCGUGGGAAAAACCCCGUCAGCUCAGCCCCGCUGCGGGACAAGCUCCUGCUCUCCAAACUCCAGGUUGUCUUCUUUAAUCCAUGUGCAAAAUCCCACCGUAACUAAUCCUGUGGAAGACCUAGUUCUGCUGGCUACCUCAAACGGUUGCGGAAGUGAGACCUGCGCAGACGGGAGCGCGGUAAGCGAUGAAAGCCGGGCCGAGCGUGGCUCUGGCGUCGACGGGAAUCACUCGCGCAGCCGGAGCCGUGCGUGCAUCCCGCGUGCUGCUAGGAACCAUCGAUUGGGUAUGGAGAGAAGAAAUCGGUCUUGGUGGCAUCGCCGUGCAGACCAAACGCCACAGCUGGUCGGGACUCUUUGAGUUUAGUUUUUUUGGGUGGGUUGAUUUUUAUUGCUUGAUGUAAUUCUUUGACAUCCCCGAGUCGUCCUUGUCCCUCUCUGGGCAGGGAGCCGGGGGGGAACCAAUUUGCUUUAGGAUGUUUUAUUCCUUGCCGCUUGCGAGGUCUGGGGCUGCAGGGGACGCUUUGC